UCUCCCAUGUGUACGCAACGGCGGCAGACGCUGGUUAUCGAUCGCGUUGCAGACCAACCGGUACAGCUGUUUGACUACGAAAUUGCAUCAACCAAAACAAACCAUCAGACUGGGUUAGACAGAUCUUUAUUUAAUUUCACCAGGGGAAAAAGAACUCGAGAGAUGGGCCAGGGCAAAAGCAGGGAGGCCGAAGAUGGACAGAAAAAGCAGCAGGAGUUUGUGGCCGAGGUGAACAGGGUGUCCGUGGAGCGACAAAUUCAGCUGCAGAACCAAAUGAGGCAGCGAAUCAUGGCCAUGCAGGUCGCAAGGGCCAGGGAACUCUUCUACUGGCUUGGCGCCUUCUACGGGGUGGCUUCCCUCGGCAUGUUUGCUGGAUUCAGGAGGACGAGGAAACCUGGCGUUUUGGUGCCCCUGCUGCCCUUGACCUUUGUGGUUGCAUAUCAUGCAGAUAUGGCCUAUGGGAACAAACUGCACAGAAUUAGAAUGGAGGCUGAAAAUAUACUGCAGUUUGAGGAGGAAAUUCUUGACCUGCCCUGCGGACUGCCGACGACCUCCUCCCUCGACCUUGCCCGUCUACAUGACGAAGAAGAGAAGAGAUUUCACCCUCAUAGCCCACCUCUGUGACCCCGCCGGGAUUGCUUAACCCUCUAUUAUUGAAACAAAAAGUGGCAUUUUUAUUUUUGGUCAACAAUUGUGCAUUUAAAAUUUUAAUUUAGUUUCUUUCUUGCCAUUCAAGUCAUUUUAAUAUUAAAAAAGUGGCAAUUAGUUCACAAUGACUGAUUGAUUUAGUUGCAUUUAGUGAUUUUGUUGUAAGAACAAAGCUGGAUUUGCUGUCUUAGUUGGAAACACAGAAGUGCAAAAGUGCAUUGUUAUAGAAUUAUUUUUGUAAUUAUAUAAAUGCAUUUAAAAUAAUAGGAGACAUCAGAAGGAUACACCAAUUUUAAAAUUAUUUUUGUUAGCUGGGGCAGGUUUCCUUUAUUUUU